GAAAUGUUUUCCUUGGCCACAGGGUUGACAUCCCAGCCAUGUACAACAACCUUGAUGCUUCUUUGGAUACAACAGUUUUCUCUCAGUACACUCAGAGCCAAGAGGACUCUUUGGACAAACUGCCAACAGAACAAGUUGACAAGGUUACCAAAGAGGCUCCGAGCAAGGUUCCUCAGGAAGAUAUGGAAAAUGAGGAAGACAAUGAAGUUCUAACAAAAGAGACUCAAGACUAUGCCAGCCCAGAAGCAGAUCACGUGACAGAAAACCAUCAGCAGGAAGAGGUGAUUCCAGAGUCAGCAGAUGUUUCCAUGGAGGAUGUUACCAAGAGUGACAAUAGAGCAGAAGAUAUUGAAAUUCAGUCUAAAGAAGGCUCAAGUCCUAACAUCUCUGGCUCUUCAGAUUUGGUCUCAGGGACUCCUCAGAAAUCCAACAGUCGCCGUCAGUCCUUUAUCACUUUGGAGAAGUAUGCUGAGGGGAAGCCUGCCAGCCCCAGCAGUGCUUCCAAGUUCACAGGUCCCCUCUUAAAGACCUCCAAAAGCCAAGAACUCUCUAAAAACAACAAGACAUCCUCUUAUCAGUCUUCGCAGACACUCACUGGUCCAGACUCUCAAGAUUCCCAGUCCAGUCAGACAGGAAAAAUAAACUCCCAGUGUCCUGUGAGCAAUGCCACGGAGUCCCCUCGAAGACCUAAAGACUCUGGGAUAAAAAGUGAGCCUGUAAGGCUGACUGAGAGACUGCCCAGUGACACAACAGAGGAUGAAGAUGUUAUCCCAGACACCCAGACCAAAGUGGAGGCCAAGGAGAGUACAAAAAUGGCUUCCACAUCAGAGGAAAUGAAACCAUCAAGUCAGGAAGAAGAAUUGGAUGAUUCUCAAUCGUCUGUGACUCAGACUUCGCCAGGUGAACCCAGACGGUCUGGACGCCAAAGAGUGAGACCUCUGCUGCCUGGAGAGGGCCCUGAGGAACAGGAAGAUAAAUAUGUGCAGUCAAAAAGGAGACGUUCUGGAGAGGAACCUAAAAGUGAUUCUCCAAAGUCAAGUUCAACACAAAGCAGACCAAACACAAGAAGUAAGCAGGCUGCUGAGGAGGACAGUGGCAGAGAGAGGUUACGAACAAGGGCUCAGAGGGACAAGAGUGAGACAGGCCAGACUAAUUCGCAGGGUAGAGCACACAAGAAGAUCAAACUGUAUAGCAGUUCAGAGGAGUUCCUUGAUAAUCCUGAACCCAGAAGGAGAAGCACCAGAGAGCAGUCCAGUAGAGAGUCCAGCCAGACUGACCCAGACUCACAGUCUGAUUAUGAAAGCCAAUCACGGGGUAGGCGCGGUCGGCGAAGCAAAACAUCAUUAGAGACUGGCGUGGAAGGCGGACUGAAGAAAAAAGUUUUGCAUGAGAAAGAGCAGUCUAGCCCAACUGCCACACACAAGCCUGUAGAACACACUGAAAAGGAUAAGGACCUAAAGAGAGACUCUCAGAUGAUCACUCCUUCCCCUCAAACUGGUGGCAGAGAGUCUGAGCUUGUUGAACAGACCGAGAAGGAUGAUAAUGAGGUUAAGAGAGACUCUCAGAUGGUCAACCCUUUGCCUCAAACUGUUGACAGAUCUCAGGGGUUUGAGCUUGUAGAACACACAAAAAAGGAUGAUAAUGAGAUUAAGAGAGACUCUCAGAUCAUCACUCCCUCCCCUGAAACAUCCCAAAAGUCUGAGCUUGAAGAACAGACCGAAAAGGAAAAAGAUUCUUCAGUAUUCGCUUCUUCUCCAAUUAACGAGUUUCAAGACAGAACAAACAAGUCAAUGAAUGAAUCAGAGUGCAAAGACGGACACAAGACAAAAGACAGUACUGAUGACAACCUUAGCCAGGAGGACUCUCAAGUGAUCACACCUUUGUCUUCUGAUAGCCAGUCUCUGCGUAGAUCCAGAAGAAGCAAAGCUUCAUCUGAGGCAACAGAGUCUGAAGACACAAGUGACCGUAAGAAUUCAUCAGGAAGGCAGAGUCGGUCUAAUUCUCAGACAACUGGAUCAGUUGUCAGUCAGGCAGAGGUCACAACUGGAGGUAGGACCAGGAGGAGCAAAGCACAAGAAGGGCUGUCAAAAUCAAGUCCUAGCUCAACCCCAGAGAGCUCUGAGUCAUUAGAUUUUGCUGGAUCAGCAGAGUCCUCCCAAAGCAGGGGCAGAUACUCAAGACGAAGGUCUUCUCAACCGUUAAUACCAAAUAUGGAGUCCUCAGAGUCUGAAUCCUCUGAGGUCAGAGAAAAUCUCCCUAUACCCAAAAAGAGAGGGAGGAAACCUCGAGCUUCUCUUCCAAGUCCUCUCACCCUUGACUCUAAAGAAAACAGAAUCAAUAACGAUAUAGAAAAGGACGUUGCUGAUGCCUCUCAAAGAACAGAUAUGCAAAGCAUAGAAGCAAAAAAUGUAACGGAUUUAGAAGAAUCACAGAAAAGCCAAGAUUCGCAGGGUUCUGAAUCACUCCAGGUUACAGGUGACCCUGCAGAGCAAAUAAACAAAGAGUCACCAAUGGAGGUUGAGCCCGUUGCCCCAGAGCAUACUGAGAUUGACGACACAGAGAGGAGCAGUGUGUCACCUCGUGAGAAGAGGCAAAGAGACUCUGAAACAAACAUUGACAAUACUUCUUCACAAGAGAGUAACACUGGUUUGGAAAUGCUUGAGCCAGUUGGGAUCAGUGAUGAACAGAUUCAGGAAAAGUUGUUCAGUGACCCAUCUGCUGUGGACACACCAGCACCUCCUGAGGAGACAACAGAGAAACCUCAGGUCUCAGAGUCUUCAGAGGACAAAGCUGAAGACGUUUCUGAAUCUGAGGACCGUGUUAAAGAAAAUCCUAAAGAUGGUUCUGAUUCAGACCACCAAGAACAUCCAGCUGUUCUGGUGGGUGACAUGGCUCAAGAUGAUACCUCCUCUCCACAGAACCAGGUAGGGUGUCCAAAUGAACUUUCAAAGGAGGAUGAACAGUUUGCCUCAAACCAGCACACAGAAGGCAGCACUGAGGAAGAGAUCACACCUCUACAGGAGAAUGAUGAAGACGGUAAAACCAAGAUUAUGGAGUGUCAGGAUGAAGAGAAAACUCAGCCAGCCAACACUGAGAACAAUGUAGUAGUAAACCUGGAUGCCGCUCUGACUGAUCUUUGUGAUGCUUCAGUGUCUGCAGAAUCUACUAGCAAAGAUGUUUUUCAGGAUUCUCCAGUGAAGCAAAAGGACCUGGGGGCUGUCAUGGGGUCAGAUGUUGGCCAAAGCCCCAGCAGUGGCAGGACUAGAGGAACUUGGUCUCCUUCAGCCUCCCCUUCUACUAGUAUUCUUAAGAAGGGCCAGAAGAGACCACUAGAGGAGGAGACUCCCUCGCCUCUUGUCAAAUCCAGACGUGUGUCUUUUGCUGAUCCGAUCCAGCAGCAGGAAACAGCAGAUGACAUUGAUCGUCGCAGCCCUGCUCUGAGAACCAGUUCCCCCAGAAGAUCCAAAGUCUGCAGUAUCCCACAGCCCAAGUAUGUCACCACUCCAACAAAGGGCUUGCUGAUCCUGAGCCCCAGAAAUCUGCGCAGUCCAGGUUACAAGAGCUCCAAGAAAUGCCUGAUUUCUGAAAUGAGCCAAGAGCCUCGACCUGUUUCCAAAGACUGUAUCUAUCCUGCCCUGGUUGGCUGCUCUGCACCUGUAGAAGCUGUGCUACCUCAGAUAUCCUCCAACAUGUGGUCUCGUGGUUUUGGGCAGCUUGUUCGAGCCAGAAACAUCAAAACGGUCGGUGACCUCAGUGCUCUAACUCCCAAUGAAAUCAAGACUCUGCCAAUUCGCUCCCCAAAAAUCUCCAAUGUCAAGAAGGCACUUAAAAAUUAUGAGCAGCAGCGUAAAGGUCGAGGUGGUGACGAGUUGAAGAGUUUUGAUGAAACCGAGAUGAUGACCUCUGAACUGGAGGAGACUAGUGCCCCUCAAAACCAGGAUGAGGAGGAUAAGACCUCAGCCGAGACAUUAGCAACAGAGCUGGUGGAUGAACCUGUUCCUGCAGACGGGAGACCACAGCAGGACAACUAUGGCAAUCAGACACCUGACACGCUGGCAGGAGGAGAACAUCAUCAGCCCGAAGGACGGCUGCUGUCAGAGGUGGAGGCUCUGACCUGCAGGAUGACGCCUCUUGAACUCAGUCGCUGCUCGCCGCAGCAGCUCGUCCAGAUGCACGAUCAGUUAGGAUGCAUGAUGAGGCGCGUGGUUGUAGAGCUGCAAACACGCCUCUGCCAGACGGCAGAUCCUGAGGAGACUACUGCUUCUGCUGGGUCAGACAGCUGUACAGGCUCUAUGAGGCACUAAGAUUGAUCCAUUUCAAGAACAAUCUGUGACUCAGGAUAAAAUGUUCUUUUAUUCACCCAGGCUUUGUGUAAAUGGACGUGUCAAAUCAGCGAAGGAGGAUUUUAUGGCUUUAACUCAGCUUUGGCCUUUCCUCACCUUUGACUCUUCUUGGCUAAAGAUGUUUUCAAUAAAUGCUAGGAGCAGAUUUUUUUCUUCUCUAGCUUGAGCCUUUGGGGAGUUAUGACGAUUUUAAGAAACACUCAAAGGGAAGCACAGUUACACUUUUUAAGCUGUGUCAAAAGAUGACGAUUUUUAAUAGGUGAAGUCUCAACAAGGAUUUUCCUGUUGUCCUCUGUAGACUUUGUAUUAAGGGACUGAUGUGAGACUACGAAUGUAGGUGAAGAAUAAUAACUCCACAUGCUGUUAACGCUUCCAAUUUUGUACAUAUGAUUUCUCUUAUGUCACUUCAUUCCUCCAUGUUCCUGUUUACAAAAAUGUACGAUAGCACUGACAUGUUUUUUAGUUUUUAAUCCUUUUCUGUCAUCUCACUUUCAUGUCUUGUCGCAUUUUUAAUUAAAUGAAACACACAGUAGAUGGUAGUAGACAAUCUGCACUUCAGUCUUUAAUUGUGAUCUUAAAUUCUUAAAUAAAAGGCAAAAUUGAUAAUGAUUUUUAAAGCGCAAUUACAGUUUUGAGCUUUUUGUUUGACUUUGAGGGACAUUUGGACUUUUUUUGUUAAGACAGGAGUUGAUUGUCUUAAAUAGAAAGGUGUGUUGUAUAAGUGGUAUGUCAUAGAAGAAAGAAGCAAGGAGCUCUACAAUCCAAUUCUUGUUUGUUUUUUUUUAAAUACCUGUAUUCUUUGUUUCCCUUCAUUUAACAUGAUUUUCUAGACUCAGACUGUUUGAAGUCAGUACUCUUGGUAGGCUGCUAUAAACUGACUAAAUGAUACUGAAGGCUCUGUGGCUGUGACAGAUUAAA